AGGACCCGGCUCUCCAGCAGUGCGACCCGGCGCGUCACAGCGGCACCUCGCAGAUGAAGAUGAAGCGAGCGCCGGUCGCUGCUUUGGCGUGGCGGGGCGCGGAGGACUCCGGUUCCAGUUCGAGGGGUUUUCAGACAGAAGAUUAUGGCCUGGCAGUUCUUUAUUAUUUUUGUAAAAGGCUCAAGGAAGCACUAGGAGCAUCUUGCAGGCACCCUGCAAUUAUCAUAAUAAACAGUUUUAUCAUCUGCUUGGCAAUCAAUAAUGUGGCUUAUGCUGCUUUAGUAUCUCAGUGGUAUUGAUUACCUUAACAACUGUGCUGCGGUCAGCUUCUGUUAACCCCUGCUCUGCCGAGAGGGGAGAGGCAGCCCCGCGGGCCGCUUCGAAAGCACGGGGGCCAAAACCAGCUUCUGUGCGGAGAGGCUCGGCUCGGGUUUAAAACCGGGAACGGGGAGCCUCGCCGCAUACUCCCUCUACCUGAUAUGUAAAACAAUUAGAGCAGUAGCAUUAAAAUGGGACUCAGAAUUUGAAUAUCGGAAGCUGAAUUAUCUCUCUUGGCCUCCCCUGCUCGGUAGGUUUUGAUUGUCGCAGUAGCGGCUGUCGUGCCUUCCUGGAAGAGGGUUUGCCCAGGCGUGGGACAUGGCUUGAGAUCCCCGUGUCUUGCUUGUGUGUUGGCCCUGGGAUUAACAGAUAGGUAGCUCUUUAUCCGGAGAGCAAAGACCCACUGGAGUUGGACAUGAACAGGAGCUCAGAACUGGAGGGGAAGCUGUCGGACGUGGCCUGGCUCAGCACGGGAGUUUCUUCCAUUCGGAGACUGCCCGGGAACUGGUUAAACUGCUGGCGCGGAGCUGCAUCUCUGCUCGCUUGGUCUACAGGAAUGUGCUAUCCAUUAGGCGCAGAAACGGGAGCUCACUCUUGAGACCUUCUUGAUCGUGCAGUAGCAGCCCCGAGCGUGGACAGGGGAAGGAGGGUGUUUCCCGCGGCCAUGAUGGGCCAGGAGCCGCACGGGAGGCAAGGGUUUGGAGAGCUCAGUUAUGCUGUGAGAGAGAUUUUUCCAUGUUGACUAAGUGAACCCUUGGGGGCAUUUUAACAGCUUUGCCAUGCUGCGCUCCGCUCCCAGCAGAGCCGUCUGUGCGUAACAAUAGCAGCCUAGUUGCUCAUUCCAGUUUGGGAGGCCGGAGGGUUUGUUUGCUAGCGCUCCUGUCCGGAGGCAGGGCUGCUUCCCGGGUCCUCGGUCCCGCGGCCCACUCGUUCCCCUAAUGGAAUUUCCCAUCAUCUACUGCCCUGCUGAUUUCUGAUCAAUGAAAAUGAAAUUGCAUCACCUCCUCAGAGGCUCCACGUAUGGCUGCAGCUUCCAGCUGUGUCAGUUCCGGUCCACGCCGUACUGGGUGCAAUGAAAGCUCCAUGCAGGCCUUACCAUGGAAGGCUGUGACUCGCCUGUCAUCUCUGGGAAGGACAAUGGGUGCAGCAUCCCUCAGCACCAGCAAUGGACUGAACUUAACAGCACCCACCUCCCUGACAAACCCAGUACUAUGGAGCAGUCCGCAACGGAAAACCGCGGGCCCCUGGACAGCCUGAGGGUCCCCUUUAACGAGCGCAUCCCAGACAGCACCAACUCGGCUGGCCCCAAUACGGAGUCCACGAGCAAAGAGGUCAGCUGCAACGAAUGCUCAGCCUCCUUCGCCAGUUUACAGACCUACAUGGAGCACCAUUGCCCCAGUGCCCGCCCCCCGCCUCCGCUGAAGGAGGAGAGUGGGAGCGACACCAGUGAGGAGGGGGACGAGGAGAGCGAUGUGGAGAACCUGGCUGGUGAAAUCGUCUACCAGCCAGACGGCUCGGCAUACAUUGUCGAAAGCGUCAGCCAGUUGAUCCAAAGCGGGGGAGCCUGUAGCAGUGGCAAUGGCAACAGCAGUGGGGCUCUCCCUUCGCUCUUUAUGAACUCUCUACCCAGUGCGGGGGGCAAGCAAGGGGACCCCUCCUCUGCUGCCCCCGUCUACCCACAGAUCAUUAAUACUUUCCACAUAGCCUCAUCCUUCGGGAAAUGGUUUGAGGGCUCAGACCAGUCCUUCCCGAAUACCUCAGCCCUGACGGGCAUCAGCCCCGUCCUGCACAGCUUCCGCGUUUUCGAUGUGCGACACAAAAGCAACAAGGAUUACCUGAACAGCGACGGUUCUGCCAAAAGUUCCUGUGUAUCCAAAGAUGUUCCCAACAAUGUGGACCUGUCCAAAUUUGAUGGCUUUGUGCUCUAUGGGAAGAGGAAGCCCAUCCUGAUGUGUUUCUUGUGCAAGCUGUCCUUUGGGUAUGUCCGCUCGUUUGUGACCCAUGCAGUGCAUGACCAUCGAAUGACUCUAAGUGAGGAGGAGCGGAAAAUUCUUAGCAAUAAGAACAUCUCCGCUAUCAUCCAAGGGAUAGGCAAAGACAAGGAGCCCCUUGUAAGUUUUCUGGAACCAAAAAACAAAACCUUUCAACACCCUUUAGUUUCCACAGCUAACCUCAUAGGCCCUGGACACAGUUUUUACGGUAAAUUCAGUGGCAUUCGAAUGGAAGGUGAAGAGGCUCUCCAGGCCGGGACUGCCGGUGGAGCAGAGCAGCCACAGUCAGGCAUCUUGGCGCCUGGUGCCCUCUUGAACCUUGGUGGGCUGACCAGCUCGGCUCUGAAGACCCCAAUUACCUCAGUCCCCCUGGGCCCGCUGGCUUCCAGUCCUACCAAAUCCUCAGAGGGAAAGGACCCUGGGGUAGCAGAGAGUGAGAAGCAAGAAAUGGGUGACCAGGAUAGCCUCUCGGAAAAGGCAGAGCCAGCUGAGGAGGUGGAGGACGACGAAGAGGAGGAUGUGGAGGAGGAGGAGGAGGAGGAGGAAGAGGAGGAAGAGGAAGACGAUGAUGAGGGUUGCAAAGGACUGUUUCCGAGCGAGUUGGAGGACGAACUGGAGGACAGGCCCCAUGAAGAAUCUGGGGCUGUGGCAGGUAGCAGCAGCAAAAAGGACCUUGCUCUCUCAAACCAAAGCAUUUCUAACUCUCCCUUAAUGCCUAAUGUGCUCCAGACCCUGUCCCGGGGCACAGCUUCUACUAGUUCUAAUUCUGCUUCUUCCUUUGUCUUUGAUGGUGCAAGCAGGAGGAAUCAUUUAAGCUUUAACAGUGAGGGUGGUGGAGCCAGUGUGGCAGAGGGCGGCAGGAGGUUGGACUUUAUCGAUGAAAGUGCCAAUAAAGACAAUGCCACAGCACCAGAACCAAAUGAGAGUGCAGAGGGCGACGACGGGAGCUACAUCUCCCAUCACCAGCAUGCUGGCCCCCUCUGCGAGCUUGGGGGUGGGGAGUGCCCCUCGGGGAGCGGUGUGGAGUGCCCCAAGUGUGACACUGUCCUGGGCUCCUCACGAUCGCUAGGCGGCCAUAUGACCAUGAUGCAUUCUCGCAACUCAUGUAAAACGCUGAAGUGUCCCAAGUGCAAUUGGCACUACAAGUACCAGCAGACACUUGAAGCGCACAUGAAGGAGAAGCACCCCGAGCCCGGUGGCUCGUGUGUCUACUGCAAAAGUGGGCAGCCACACCCACGGUUGGCACGGGGCGAGAGCUACACUUGUGGUUACAAGCCUUUCCGUUGCGAGGUCUGUAACUACUCCACUACUACCAAAGGCAACCUCAGUAUUCAUAUGCAGUCCGACAAGCAUCUCAACAACAUGCAAAACCUGCAGAACGGAGGGGGGGAGCAAGUCUUCAGCCACAGUGCUGGGGCGGCGGCAGCGGCUGCGGCGGCGGCUGCGGCUGCGGCAGCAAACAUUGGUAGCACCUGUGGGGCCCCCUCCCCCACCAAACCAAAAACCAAACCCACCUGGCGGUGUGAGGUAUGCGACUACGAGACCAAUGUAGCUAGGAACCUUCGCAUUCACAUGACCAGUGAGAAACACAUGCACAACAUGAUGCUGCUUCAGCAGAACAUGUCCCAAAUCCAACACAACCGGCACCUGGGCCUCGGCAGCCUGCCCUCGCCGGCUGAGGCUGAGCUUUACCAGUACUACCUGGCACAAAACAUGAAUCUGCCCAACCUGAAGAUGGAAAGCACUUCCUCUGAUGCACAGUUCAUGAUGGGCGGAUUCCAGCUCGAUCCGACCAACCCUAUGGCAACUAUGGCUCCAUCUCUAGUGGGCGGAGAGAUCCCCCUGGACAUGCGGCUGGGGGGCGGGCAGCUGGUGUCCGAGGAGCUGAUGAACCUGGGCGAGAGCUUCACGCAAACGAACGACCCUUCCCUGAAGCUCUUCCAGUGUGCCGUGUGCAACAAGUUCACGACCGACAACCUGGACAUGCUGGGGCUGCACAUGAACGUGGAGCGCAGCCUCCCCGAGGAGGAGUGGAAGGCGGUGAUGGGGGACUCGUACCAGUGCAAGCUGUGCCGCUACAACACGCAGCUCAAGGCAAACUUCCAGCUCCACUGUAAGACGGACAAGCAUGUGCAGAAAUACCAGCUGGUAGCACACAUCAAGGAGGGUGGCAAGGCCAACGAGUGGAGGCUGAAGUGUGUGGCCAUUGGGAACCCUGUACAUCUGAAGUGCAAUGCCUGCGACUACUACACUAACAGUCUGGAGAAGCUGCGUCUUCAUACGGUUAACUCCAGGCAUGAGGCGAGCCUGAAGCUCUACAAG